UGUAUUUCAAAAUUUCACAACAUUUCAGGGUUGUUCAGUGUACGUGUCUUUCUUCUUUGAUAUCUGGUGUAUUCAGAAAGUGCGUGGCAUAUCUCCAGUCUGCAUGUAGUUUUGAAUUAUCAUUCCUUCCCAAUUCCGGCAUCGAUCUAUUCCAGGUCGCAUCUGCUUUUCUUCCCGGGACGAUUUUGUACACGGUUGUGUUCACUGUUUGAAAUAUUGAAAUAAAAACGGCAAUCGUGUCCAAGGCCUUGUGAAUUUGUGAUUGUUCCAGGUUCUGGCAGUGGUAGUUCAGAUGUUCGUGAUCUUAUACUGACUGGCAUAGCAUGCCUUCGGCCAUUUUCACGCUGUUCGGAGGAGCAAGAAGUGGAUGGUCAUUACUGCUGCCUGUCAAGCCUGUCUAGAUUUGACCAGAUAAAUAAAUUAAUAUCAUCAUUGCUCCCUCACUGUGUAUGCUUUCAUCCUGGCUUCUGGGGUUGGACCAGCGCCUGUGUUCAAGCGCAGGGAGAGCACAGUGGAGAUGGCGAGUGUGUUGAGGUCAUACGGCUCCAUCGAUGACACACCCGCCGUCACGAAUAGUAUCAACGGAGAUGCACCUCCUGGCAGUAAAACCAAUGACGAGCGGGCGCCAUUCCUUCCGCAAGCACCACGCUCCCGUAAACCGAUGACUCGGAGAAGCUCAUCAAGCAGUGCUCGCGAGUGGGUGGGAAACUUGUUCACUCGCAUCACGUCACGCAAUGGUGACAAUGCAUCAGAUCAAGCAACCGACUCGUCUGGUAAUCAGUUUAAAGGAUCUGCUGACUGUGAGUGCGGCCUUCCAGACAAUGAGCCGUUUCUACGGCGACUGCGGCGCCGAAACACGGUGACUGAGCGGCAACGCAGCAAGCAGGGCACCGUAGCACCAGAAGUGGAAUUGCGUGCAUUACGAUCGCGUUUGAGUUUUCACUUCAGUGAUUUUCAUCGCAAGUACAUGGAACACAAGAAGAAGCCUUGGAAAUUUGUGCUGCAAAUUCUGAAGAUUAUUUUUGUAUCGGUCCAGAUUGGAGUGUUCGCUAAUUCCAAGGCAGGCAUUGUGACUUUCCUGGAGGACAAUGAUCAAGCUAUGAAUCACAUGUUUGUCGGCAACUACACAGACCUGUUCACGGUCGAGGACGUUCACAAUCGCCUGGUCAACCUUCUAGACAACUACUACCACAUUCAACAUAGGUUCAUUGGUGCAUACGACUAUGCAUGGAGGAAUGGCAGUGUGCCACCCCUUGAAGUGUGUGUCACCUAUUACAAGCAAGGCCGCGUGUUCGCUUUCAACCAGUCCUACAUCUGGGAUAGGGACACUGUCUAUGAUUGUUCAGCGCUUUCAAAUGCAUCACAAGCCAACAACACGAAGUGGAUCGAGGAGACGUUCACCUCGACGACUUUCGACAGGAUUGUGCGCAUCAGCAGUACCAUGCGUUUCACCACACUGUUCCUCAACAGCUACUCAGAGCCGGCAUGUGUUGCGCUAGAUGUCGCAAUGACGAUGGAUAAUACUGAUCAUGCAGGAAGAAUGCCAAUGAACGUUGAAGUGACGUCCACUUUCUUGGCAUGCCACGGGAACAAGGUGAAAACAUUGAGUGAAGUGGACUUUGUACUUUUCAUCACUCUGGACCUUGUGAUUGUUGUUCUAACAACCCUGGCCAUAGUGCUCACAAUGCGAUCACUCAUCAACACUGCUCGUCUUGCCAGACGGAUUAGCAAGUUCUUACGGACAUACUCCAAGCAUCACCUUUCAGCCAAGGAAAUUUUCCGACUGUUUGAUUUCUGGCACAUCAUUGCUGUCGUUGCUGAUGCGCUGGUCAUUACUGGCACACUGCUGAAACUGGCUGUGGAGCUCAAGGGUGAUGUGGCAACACGCAAUGAGAGUGAGCACUUCACAGUCUGCAGCUUCCUUCUCGGCGUGGGCUGUUUGUUGAUUUGGGUCGGUGCUCUUCGCUUCCUCAGCUACUUCCAUGGCUACAAUGUGUUGCUUGUGACGCUGCGCUGUGCACUGCCUAGUCUGAUGCGCUUCAUGCUGUGUAGUGGUAUUCUGUACAUGGCAUUUGCCUUCUGUGGCUGGAUAGCGCUGGGUACUUACCACGUCAAGUUCCGCAGUCUGACCGUGACUUCAGAAACACUCUACUCUCUCCUUAACGGUGAUGACAUGUACCGAACGUUUGAACUGAUGCCCAAAAAGCCGAUCGGGCCAUAUAUUUUCUCUCAGGUGUAUCUCUACAUCUUCAUCAGCCUCUUUAUCUACUUUGUCCUGAGUCAGUUUAUUGCUCUGAUCACGGAGACGUACACAGAGGUGCUCAAGAUGAAGGAAGAGGAUUACGAGCAUUUGAAUGCGUGCGGCCACAUCCUGCGGCUUCUGGAGGUCGACAUUGACGGAUCAAAUGCGGACAUCGACGCUAUGUUUGCCCGUGGCGAUGACUCGCUGUGCCCUUCGCCGACGGAGGACACGGGAAUUGGCAUAGUGAGUGGGGCAGCGACUACACCACCACAGACACCGCUGCCUGCAAGCACACCCGGCACCGCGUACCACAGCCGAUCGUCGUCUUCCAGCGACGGCACGCCUACUCCUCGCAGCCUGCCGAAGACCAGUCCCGUCGACGGCAUGGCCGUGCGAGGCAGUGCCGACCCUGCUGCGGCAUCCCCCGCCAGCACACACGCUCGUCCAGCGUCUGCUGAUUCCAGUGCACCAGUAGCUACUUCUCGCAGUCGGGCAGCAAAGGCAGGUUCCAGUCCUGCCAAGCUACCAAAGGCGCAGGACUCUUCUGCUUCUACUUCUAGUGCCCGUGUCCUAAACAAAUCUUCUACAGUGCUCAUCCCCCAGCAAGUCCCCACCAAUACUGAGUCAUCUGCCAUGGUAGCCACUUCAGUGUCCCUGUCCCUAAUACGUCACGCCACCCCUGAACAUUCUAGUUCGCAGGGCAAGACUAAGUCUACCCAGCAGCACAAGGUACAUGACUUGACCGAGAUUCCAGCACGGAAAUAAGUGUGCCUAAAUACCGGUGGUACCACUGCACUUUCGAAUAAGUUAAUCAGCCGCAACAUGAGUGUGAAAGAAUGCCAGCACCCGUGCACGUGCUGCCAUGCUAUGGAUAGUCUACAAAAUGGUCUGUUUGCAAAAGUAAGCAUCACAGACUUCACAACUUGAGAAGGACAUUGAAAAUCUAGCUUAUUACGCUACCGUCCUCCUUUUAACUUGAGUCCUUUCCCUUUUUAAAGCUUUCCCAUUUGAAAGUUUUUUUUAAAACAUUUUAAUCCUCUUUUUCUGCAAUCCUCGGUAACCUCUGUCUUUACGCCAUGAAACUACAUGUACCGUAUGCCGUAUGAAACGAAACACAUCAUGUCUCAAUUGAUACUUCAAGUAAAUAUUUUCUCCUUUAGACCUCUCUAUGUUUCUUCUAGGCCUUCGUAAAUCUAUCUUCUGCUCUGUUUUGUCACGAUGCAGCUCUCUUUCGUGAUGAAUAUGAGGCUCCCUCCGCUACUCUCUCUCUCUCUCUCUCUCUCUCUCUCUCUCUCUCUCUCUCUCUCUCUCUCUCUCUCUCUCUCUCUCUCUCUCUCUCUCUCUCUCUCUCUCUCUCUUGCUGCUCUUACGUCUUUGCCGCAGUCUGAUUUCCAAGGGACUGUCUGUGCGAAACGCUUGCACCUUGUGUGUUGGACUAUAAUAUUUUUAUUAUUAUAAUAUUUCG